CUCUGCAGCUGGCCGCGCGGCCGGCCCGCGCCCGCCGCGGCGCGCUGAUUGGCUGCCCGGGGCCGGCGGCGGCGCUCAGUGGCCGGCAGAUUCGCUGGGUCAGGGCUGCAGAGGCGCCUGGCGCACCGGCGGGAGCGGAGCCGGGUGCGCGAUCGCCUGCCGGCCCGAGCGAGCGCCCGGGAGCCCAGGGGUCCGCGCCGCGCCGCGCCGGCGCCGCCGUGCUGGCCGCCAUGUGCUCCCAGCUCUGGUUCCUGACGGACCGGCGCAUCUGCGACGACUACCCGCAGGUGCAGAUCCUGCACGCCCUCCAGCAGCGCUGCUCGGAGCGGGACGUGCGCUUCCGGGCGGUGUUCAUGGACCAGAUCGCGGUCACCGUCAUCGGCGGCCACCUCGGCCUACAGCUGAACCAGAAGGCACUCACCACUUUCCCGGAUGUGGUGCUUGUUCGGGUGUCCACACCCUCGCUGCAGUCGGACAGUGACAUCACCGUCCUGCGACACCUGGAGAAGCUGGGCUGCCGCCUAGUCAAUCGCUCGCAGAGUAUUUUAAACUGCAUCAACAAGUUCUGGACAUUCCAAGAGCUGGCUGGACAUGGGGUCCCCAUGCCAGACACCUUCUCCUAUGGUGGGCAUGAAGACUUUUCAAAAAUGAUUGAUGAAGCUGAGCCCCUGGGCUACCCGGUCGUGGUGAAGAGCACACGAGGACACCAGGGAAAGGCUGUUUUCCUUGCAAGAGACAAACAUCACCUCUCAGACAUCUGCCAUCUGAUCCGCCAUGACGUGCCCUACCUGUUCCAGAAGUAUGUGAAGGAGUCACAUGGAAAAGAUAUCCGGGUGGUGGUGGUCGGGGGCCAGGUGAUAGGCUCUAUGCUUCGCUGCUCCACAGACGGACGGAUGCAGAGCAACUGCUCUCUCGGUGGUGUGGGUGUCAUGUGCCCGCUGACAGAGCAAGGCAAGCAGUUGGCUAUUCAGGUCUCCAAUAUCCUGGGCAUGGACUUCUGUGGCAUUGACCUCCUCAUCAUGGACGAUGGCUCCUUUGUGGUGUGUGAGGCAAACGCCAACGUUGGUUUCCUCGCCUUCGACCAGGCAUGCAACUUAGACGUGGGUGCGAUCAUUGCAGACUAUGCUGUGUCCUUGCUGCCAAAUAUGCAGACUGGGAAGAUGGCCAUCCUCCCAGGCCUGUCCAGUCCCAGGGAGAAGAGCGAGCCAGAUGGCUGUGCUGCAGCUCGGGGCGUGGCAGAGAGCAUCUACACCAUCAACAACGGGUCUACCUCCAGUGAGAGUGAGCCUGAACUGGGAGAGGUCCGCGGUCCCUCAGCAAGCACGCCAGGGCCCCCACCCCCCACGCUGCCCGAACCCAGCUACAACAUUAACAAUAGGAUUGCUUCUGAAUUAAAACUGAAGUGAAUUCCUGCUUUUGUUGGCAGCAUUUAAACCAAAUCCUACCGCUUCCCUAGUAGUUUUGAAUGAAUAAAAUCUGGACUAAUGUGAUUUCAUUUGCACAGAAACUAGAAAUCCCAUCUGGGCACUCGACAUUCUUUCUAACGAUGAUUUAAGCAAAUGGCCUAGCUUUGUGGUUUUUACAAAGAUAAUCUAAAAAUGCUCACCAGGAACAACAUCCCGACUGAUCCAUUUGAGGCCGAGGCCUGCUGCAAGCACUUGGAUAUCCCGACUGAUUUUAAGGCACUGACUGUGCUGCUGCUUCUGGCUUUUAGCAAUAGAGCCCAUUAACUCGGAAAAGCUCCUGGCAAUAGUUUACUAAAAGCAACCACCGGAUGGAGGCGUGUGCCAUAGAGGUGGAAUGUGGCUUCAGUUAUGUGCUUUUCGUGUGUGUGUGUGUAUGUGUGUGUGUGUGUGAGAUGCUUGGAGAAUACACAGUUCGAAUACUAGUAGACGAUUGAUCUCUACUCCCCCUCCAUCACCACCUUGACCAUAUUUCUCUGACACUCAGGAUAUGGUGUUCCAGGGAGCUUCCUCAUUAGCAUUUUCAAUGAAGCACUUUGUAGAAAGUAAAUUCACUGGUUGGCAAAUGCCCUGCUCUGUCGCUGGGCCAUUCUACAAAUGCUUUGCCACUUCGAAUUUACAGACCUGCUUCAACGAACGCCAGCCCCAGCAGCCUCUUGCACCUUUGCUGCCUUCGGCCUCCGCUGGAAAUGCAAUUGAAUGAGCUAGUGGCCACACACUUUAUUUCUUAAGCGUGCACUAGAACCAAACACCAGGGACUCUCUCUUCAAUGGACGAUUUUCACUUGUCAUUCCAAAGCCAUUGGUUUAUAUCCUGGAAAGCUACUGGACGAUAAUCACUUCCCCCCUCCUCUACUGAAACUUCGUGUACUGCUUAGCUGUAGGGGGUUUUCUUGUAUGAGUUGGUAUGUGGACCUGUUGGGUAGAUAGAGCUAUUGGAAACACACUCCAAUCCCCUUGACAUUCUAGUAUUAUCCAGGUUCCAGAGACCUGACCUUACUCACCUUUCCGAACUGGGGAGAUGCAGGUAUCAGGACUUACUCAUUGCCUAUUUUGGGGGGAGUUGGAUAAUGUAGACAUGACACCGAGUGCUUUUCAUUUCAACUCUUCAAGCAGCAGCUGAUGAGCCUUCCCUUGAGAGGUCAUGGAAAGGGAGUGUUCCACUUCUGCUCUGUGGGGUAUGACUGAAAAUGGGCAAGGCUACAUUUUAACCAAAUGCACCAAAACAGGACUCAAGGGUUACCAUAAUCAGGGUUAUUUCCUGGGAGACCAUACUCUUAAGCUGUGAUGUUGCAUGUGCCAAGAACACAUAGAAUUCCUGUUUGGAGUUAUCUUUGAAACCAUGCAAGGAAGGAGGGCUCGCAACCUAUAGUCAGGUCUUGUUUUGUGUGUUUGUUUUUGUUAAUCCUCAUUUGAGGUUUUGGGGUUUUUUUUUCCCAUUGAUUUUUUAGGGAGAGUGGAAGGGAGGGGAAGAGACACACAGAGAGAAACAUCGAUGUAGAGAGACACAUCAAUUGGUUGCCUCCCACACGCACCUUGACUAGGGUUGGAGUUCGAGCCUUCCACCGAGGAACAUGCUUUGACCAGAAUCGAACCCAAGACCCUUCAGUCCCUAGGCCAACGCUGUAACCACUGAGAAAAACCAGCUAAGGCAGGUCUUGUUUUUUACACCACCCCUCCCCAGAGGCGGUCCCACGCUCCAUCACCCGUUUUAUUUAUUGGACUUUUCUUCUAAUGUUCUUUGGCUAUUAAAAAAUAAUCAUUUCUUGAAAAAUAAAUCUACCCUUUAAGGACAAAGACUUAACAGCAUUGAAGAAAGUUUUUAAGGAGACAGUUUCCAAAGACAAUUCUGGAAAUAUUCUGAGUAAGGUCAGCUUCACUAGACUAAACAUACAUCUUCCCAAGGUGACUACUAGUACUUUAAAGGCAACAACACCCACUUGAAUGUAUAAACUUCUGUACUUACCCUGCUGUAAAUGUAAAAUGUGUAUAAGGUCAAACAAUUCCAUUUUUUUCACAUAUAAAUAGAAAUUGGCUUUUAAAAUACUGACUAAAAUCAGAUUUCACCAAGUACCAGUUGUACAACUGGAAAAUCUUUAGCGCCAUGUAAUGGAGAUGUACACUACACAGUUGUAGUUUAAAUGCAGUCCCAUGUGGGGUGCAUGCCCCUAAAUUGUAACCUUAGUAAUGUGUCCUUUACAGUUGAAAAUGGAGUACUUCACCUUUAUAUAGGUAACAACAUGUACCUUAUGUUUACCACUCAGGGUAGGUUUAGAAGGAUAGUUCUAGGUCUGUUCUCUCUGCAGUUGGCCAGAUGCUUUCUUCGUAAACAUUGGAACCAAGUGAGUUACAUUUCACUCACUCUCACUGUUUAGUAUAAGCCCAGUCUUCCCACUUUAUCUAAAGCAUGCUAAUGGGCCCCAUUAGAGAGUGCUUUCAGAUUUGUCAAAGGGGGCCCAUUUUCCAGCGGCUCGUGACAUCUGUAGUCAUUGGCAUCAUUGCCUGGAACUGAGCCCUGUCUGGAAGCAGAGAAAGCUGGAUCACAGCUGGAUCACAGCCCCCCUCCAGGGUUUCCCAGACUGGCUGUGGACUCAGCCUCAGUCCGGUGGCUUGGCUGGACCAUACUUGUCACAGCUGCCCACAGGCCUGCUGGAAGGAACGUGGGGCGCAGAGCCAGAUCCCGGUUCUGGCUCUCCCCUUAAACAGCUGAUUGAACUUCUACAAUCAGGUGGUCUCUGUGCCUCCAUUUUUCCAUUCUUCAGGUAGGGAGGAUGCCUGUUCUGUUUAGCUCUUGGGGGUGCUUUGAGGUGGAACUGAGUUCAUUAAUGGGUAUGCAUUAUGUGGGAGGUGGUGGAAGAACAUCUGUCACAUCUGGUUUUAUAACAGUUUCUCCUCACCCCUCCUCUGAGGGAGUUAAGAAAGAAAGAGACCAUGAAGUCUGGGCAUUAGCACACCGAACAGUGGUAGAGGCCUAAGGAAAAAAAAAAAAGGCAGCUUCUCAGAGGCUUUACAACCUGAAAGGAGUGAGGCUUGCAGUGUAUUCAAGUAGCCUUCUGGGUGUAUUGUAUAUAACCUGAAAUUCUUGACUUGUGUCUAUCAACUGACAGUCUUUCCUAUGUAACAUAAAUUGCAGUGUCUGUAUAUGAUCUUCCCAUUAUCUAAUAGCAUCUUGAAACUGGUCAAAACUUGAAUGCCAAUAACUCAGUCACUCAGAAUAUAUAUGAUUCUGCACUUGGGAAAAACA